UCUCUACGUCUUAUCAUUCGUUUUACAGCGUUUCAUGACUUUACAGAGGCAGCGUUGAGUGAGGAUGAGAAGAAGGGCUUCUUGAAGCUUCAUGGGAGUGGACUCAGGUUAACUGAGACGCUUUCAAACUCCUGAUUUCUCUGAGCAGUGGAUAAAACCUUUACAGGACUGAAAGAAAACCCAGUUUGGAGCGCAUUAAAAGAUUAGUGAUGAUGUCCAGAAGAGUGGAGGUGAUCAUUAACUCCUCGGCUCCUCAGGAUCAGGACGAGUCUCCUCUUCAGAUCACGGAGUCCAAGCCUGGAAACCAUCCCGGAGUCAAGGGCUUUCUGCUGAUCAAACCGGCCGUUCUGGGGUGGCUGGAGAUCCUGACCGGUUCCUGUGUGUUUGGACUCGUCUAUUGGAACUACACUCUCUGGUUGUUGAUCCCUGCUUGUUUAGUGAUUUUAAUAGGAGUGAUCACCUGCUACGGCUGCAUGUACACACACUCCCUGUCUGGUGAUCACUUCUCAGGUCCUGAAUCUGCUCAACAUCUGCAACGUGUUGACGGCCGUCCUCGUGUUCUUCGUCAAAGUCUUCUUAGUGUUUCUCGGAGAUAUGGUGGGAGCCGUUCUUCGAACACACUUUGUGAGCGGACGCUCGGAGAGCUCUUACUCCCAGACCGCAAACAUCGCCUUCAUCGCCUGUAAUGUUCUGGCGCUCAUCUUCUCUCUCAUCAUCAUCACGACGUCCUGCUGCUGGUGUAGAUCGAGGAAGCGUCUGAUGGUGAUCCACAUGAACUCAGCUUCACCUGCAGCCCUUGAAGAAGACCUGGAUUAUCCUGACCUUUCACCUCCAGCCUACAGUCCUGUCCCGUCCACAGAGCCGCCGGCCUACGAGGUGUGUGUGUGUGUGUGUGAGCGAGCUACA